AUGCCGUCUAAAUUUUCUUACAUUCUUAUUAUUAGUUUAGUCAUACUUCCAAUUAUUCAUAAUACAUUUAACAAUGUUCCUGUAGUCGAUACGCUUAACAAUGUACAUCAGGAAGAUAUAACUUCUAACGCUGCAUUUGGCAUUAACGGUUACCUUAGCAGCAAUAUGUCCAGCAAUAACGAUACAAUCAAUUCCGAUACUAUUUUUUACAUACGCGGUGAAGUUAAUAAUACAGUUAACGAUGUAUCUGCGGACGUACCCAAUAUAAAUGCACCUAAUAAUACAGUUGAUAGUGCAGACAACCAUUUUUUUCACUUUUCAGAGAAAUAG